AUGGCAUUCCCUUCAAGAUCCACAGGUAGCCUGCCGGCCACGUCCAAAGAAGGCGGGCCCUCUUCUUCGAAAUCGAGCUUCUUCAACCGCUUCAAGAAGGGCCUCCAUCAUCAUCACAAUAAUAACAAAGAUAAACACCACAAAGAGAACUCUACAACUUCAAACAACAGUCACUUAUCCUCUCCUCCUACUACCGCCGGCCGAAAUAAUCUUACUACCAAUAAUAACAGUAACAGUAUCAGUAUCAGUCGCCAGCAAAAUGGUGGUUCGAACGGGAUCUCCCAUUCACUGGAACCUCUCCAGAAACCGGAGAAUGCUCGACGGGUUACCGCUGACAGUGGUUCCCUCUCCAGUCCCACGACAGCUUCGGUCCCUCUAGGCGCUCUCGGGCGCUCUCCUUCUCAAAGGAAACCUCCAUCGCUACCACCGUCUUCUCCUCCCGGUCCGCUUCUACCUCCCAAUGCAGAAAAUAAUAUCAAACCUCCCGUCCGGGUCGACAGCGAGAAGCGUGAAAACUUGAAGGAAAUACGCCCGACCCGUCAGGAACAGCGAGCUCUGUCCACGGACCCGAAACGUAUCCAACGUCUCUCCGGCCAGAAUUUCGACUACAGGCAUACCUCUACCUCGCUAGCGAGUCCCAAAACAAGUGGUAUCUUCGACCCUCGUACCACAAAUGCCUCCCUCCGCUCGCCUCGCGCCACGGUGACGUCAAUCCUCGACCCGCGUUCUUCUGCUGCCCGUAUCGACAACCAACCACCUCUCUCACCCGCCACCGACAUCCACUCCCCGAAUGCUAAAGACUGGCUCUACGAAGAAGAUGAGCGCUAUCAGGAAAUGAUAGAGGAGGAGCUGGAAUGGCGCUGGAUUCUUAACCUAUCCAUGCAUUUUCGUGAGCGCUCCGAUCGCGAAAAGUUCUUUGUCACAUAUGCCGAAUCUCCACACCUCAGACACCGUAUCACCGUCUCCUGCGACUAUCGUAACGCCGAACACGGUUCCCUAGAGGAGGAACUAAAACAUAUCCCGUACCAGCGCGAAAAAUCUGCCCGUAUAUACGAAGCUGUUCGAGACUCUCUAUUCGACAUACAGUUCUACCCUACGAUCACAAACCUCAAGCUUGAAACGAAGGACGGCCGACUACAUGUCCAUGUGAACGAAGAUAUCAACGAAAUCAUACACUACCCCCAUGCAAAUCUUGUCCGGCAUCUACACUGCGACCUCUACCAGGAAUCCGAACUAGAAUUCGACUGUCACCUCUCCGGUUUCGUAUAUAAAGUCCGACAAGGCGACAGGGUUUUUAUCAAGAAGGAGAUUCCAGGGCCCGACACGAUAGACGAGUUCCUCUACGAAAUAAACGCCCUCCAUGCGCUUCGAAAUUCCUCUAGCGUCAUACGAUUCGGUGGACUCGUCGUGGACGAGCGUAGGAAGCAUGUUCGGGGACUACUAAUCUCAUACGCACCUAACGGUUCGCUAAUCGACGUGGUUUUCAACGAACGCGGGAAGCUACCGUGGAGAAAGCGGGAGCGAUGGGCACGGCAAAUCAUCAAGGGCUUAUCGGAAAUCCACGAGGAAGGCUUUGUACAAGGCGACUUUACAAUGUCGAAUAUGGUGCUUGAUGAAAAUGGCGACGUUAAGAUUAUCGACAUAAAUCGAAGAGGGUGUCCUAUCGGCUGGGAACCACCGGAAAUAAAGGGUCUCAUUGAGAGCCAGCAGCGAAUAGGGAUGUUUAUUGGGGUUAAGAGUGAUGUGUGGCAGUUGGGAAUGGUGCUUUGGGGCUUGGUGUACCAAGUUGACGAACCGGAGGCCGCAGCCAAGCCGUUGGGGAUGGAGGACGCACCUGAUGAAGUUCCCGGUUGGUUUAGAGGGAUUGUGAUGGCAUGUCUGAGCGAACAGCCACGGGAUCGGCCGAGCGCGAAAGAGUUACUCUAUAGAUUCCCAGAAGAGGAAAACGUGUACAGGAGUGGAACGAUUCCGCCGGCACCGAUUGAUGUCGUGGUUGGCGAUGGACAAAUCGUCCACGUUAGCUCGAGUUCAAGCAAAGGAUCGCCAACCUCGCUAAGGAUCAACCCCAGAAUCAACAAGAGAACACCCCUACUGGAAGAUGCAUUCGUGCAGAGUCCGAUGACAAUGACACCCACCGUUGGAUCCUCGCGAAGUCCGUACGAAGGAUUAAAUGGGCGUGUGAAUGGCUUCGGCUUUGGUGGGGAGUUUGGAUACCCUGAUCGGAACGGUGGAGGAGUCGACAUUAAUGGGUUCGCCACGCCGUCACCGUUUAGUAGUCCACAACGAGGACCACCGAGUUCGAACUAUGUACCCGAAAGUCCUGCAACCGAUAUCGUCAGUAGCCCACCAGUCAAGGAUGAUAGCGAGUUCCAUUGGGAAGGCUAUAAAAUUGAGCGAAUUGCGGACCCUGGAUCGCUAGAUGAAGAUAUGGGGUUGGCUUUUAGAAUAGAGACUCUAGAGGAUGCGAGAGCCCGUGGCGAGAUCGCGAACAGUAUCUCAGAAAAGAGAGGAAGUAAACGAUUUUCGAGGGGAAGCGGGAACAGCGAGGGCGUGCCGGACACCAUUGAGAAAGGACAACAUCACCAUCGGCAUCAACAUCACCACCAACGACCACCGCUGUUACCAGCCUUCGGAAGGGGAGAUUCGGAUGCCACUGUGGGAUACGAAACACCCAGCGAGGAGUUCCCACCGGCGGUGAGGUAG